UAUAGGAAGACCUAACUUCGAACUCAAGGUUGCGGCAAUGAGUAUUGUGGACAGUAUAUCAUUUCCUAGUGUUAAAUCGAACUAUGGGGUUGCACUUUUGGAUCGCCUUACGAAAAGUGUGCUUGGUAUCCCUACACCAGAGACAGAAUUAAAGCCUCAGAAACUAAAAGAACAUUUCGAAGGAGCAUUGUACGAAUUAUUUCUGCUUAAGUCCAGACUACAAGAUAAAUGUACUCAAAUGGAGGUAAAAUGUCGGGAAGACGAACGGACGUUCCGCUGUGCUAUCGAAAGAUUAAAAAAUGAUUUAGCUGUUCUCAAUCAACAGUUCUCCAAGUUAGAUACUGAAGUUCAUCUCGUAUCUGGAAAGUUGGUUCAUUUGGGCGACCAGCUUGAAAGAAAAAAUUUGCCUAGAAAAAGAAUUGAAGAAGCUCGUGAUUUGAUACUUGAGUUUUAUAAAUUUUUGGGUCUUGGUGGGGGAACUGUGACUAAUGUUGUAAACGCUCAGUCAGAUGAAACUCAGCUUCUUGAAGCUGCAACGCGUUUCAAAAAUUUGAGCUCUUUGUGUUUGGAGUUACCGGAUGAUGAACGCUUCUUGAAUGCGAAACAAAGGGUUAUAGUUGCUAGUCAAUAUUUGGAGUCUGCUCUAUUGGAGAGAUUUCGGGCAAACUUUUUAAGACGCAAUGUUGAAACAAUGAAAAAGAUAGCAGAUGUCCUUCUUCUUUCUAAGAGUUAUCCCCAUUGUGCUGAGAUUCUGAUUGAAGAAACACUAAAGACAAUUGAUCCAACCACGAUCAAUUUCAAAGAUAUCACUAAUUGUUUGGUUUCUAGUGAAAAAAUUAUUAUGGGUAUAUUUCUACGCCCAGAUUCAGUACUUAUGCAGCUGAUGCAUAGUAUUUUCACAACAAAAUUAAAGGUCCACCUUAACGAUCGUAUGAAAGAAGAAUCAAAUUCACAAAUAUUUUUGACGAAUUUAUACAACGAAUAUCGCAACGUAGAGAAGCUACUUCUGGAGUUGUCUAAUAAACUAACAUUGGUUACGGAUCCCAUGCAACUAUCCAAAUUAUUUCGAGAGCUAUUUUCUCCAUAUUUGACCGGAUAUAUGAAACGAGAGUCGGACUGGCUAACAGAACGUCUAACUGGUCAUCUUGAACAUUAUUAUCAAAGCAGACGACACCAAAAACGUCCACUCAAUGUCUCUGGUCUGGCUGAAUUUCGUCGUGAUCUUCAAGCGAAAUUCCAUAUACCUUCGGGUGAUCGGUCACAAAAUGACUAUGAAAUAUCUUUGUUAUCUGAAGAAGUAACUGUUAAUAUCAUCGAAGAUGUUCGGCGUGCCGCUAAACGAUGUCUUUUGCUCUCUCAACCUACUGCAAUUCCAGAUAAUGGUAAAUGUAUAUUCAACUGUUUGUAUCAGUACUUAAUUGUUGAACAUGUGGAGUAUGGAGUUACUUUAGCCUUACAUGGUUUGCAAAUAGCUGAUCCUCGACAAAGCAAUCCAAAUUUGGUUUUCUUUUCAAUUAUUCAUGAAGCCACGUCUAUCUUGCAUUUUUUUGAGAAAACAGUGGAUGAGUCAAUUUUACCAUUGGUUAUAGCAAAUCCGACAUAUGCAAAUGAAAUCUCAACUAAACGCGAAGACCUGAAACAAGAUUUGGAAGGUAAAUUCUGCACGGGUUUAGAAAAAUGUCUAAAUUUGGCUAUCGCACGUGUUCAGCAUUUAUUAUCCAGUGAACAAAAAAAGACCGAUUUUCGUCCAGAUACAAAUGCUAACUCAGGGUUAAUUGUUGGCAAUCCACCGUCAAUUGCAUGCCAACAUGUAGUUGCCUUUUUAUCUCAACUCAACCGUGAAGCUCACCAACACCUUGAUGGUCAAAAUUUGAAGACAUUUUUACAUGAGUUUGGAAUGAAACUGAAUCGCACGUUAGUAGACCACUUUUACAACUUCACCUUCUCAGACACAGGCGGAUUUGUUGCAAUGCAAGAUGUUACAGCCUAUCGAGAAGUUGCAAAGCGUUUCGAAAGUGCAACUGUUGAUUUAGUUUUUGAUGUAUUGCUGAAGCUGAUGAAUCUUAUGCUGAUUAAGCCGGAAAACGUACAACAAGUUGUCCAGGAUUAUUUGCAGUCAGGAAUACCAAGAGAUCUAUUAAUGAACUUUAUUCAACUCCGAAUCGAUUAUAAAUCAGCGAAAUUACAAAAUGUGAUACAACUCAAACCAACAAAGUGAUAUUUUUUACAGCGCUUUUUCUUCCUUUUGAUGGUUAUUAUACAUGCUAACAGUUUGAUUUUUUUAAAUAAUCCAUAAUUUCUUCCUUACUUGCACCGCUUUUAAACAUCUCAGUUAUCUUUUGUAAAUAUCUUUGGUUAAAUAAAGAUUCAGCUGUCA